UGUUCGGGCAGCGUAACGUGCCGUCAGCGCACAGCUCUUUCCUUUCGUGAAGCAAGACAGAUCUACCUGUCGCCGUUACAUGCGUACUCAGAACGGUGAGCAGACGAGGGAGGGUACUGCAUUACCGAACUGUAAUGUAUUUGCCAACGAAAAGGGUAUUUGCCGGUGGAGCUCUUAUCAUUGCAACAAUAACUGGAAUUGUGUACGUCAGCACUAUUGGGCCAUUUCCAACUCUCCCAAGAGCAUGUCACAAUUGCAAUCUCAGUGAAUCAAUCCCAAACAAAAGUGGUUUCUACUCACAGGUUUUGAAACCUAGUGUACCUGAAGCCACACCAAUGUGUGGUGUCAGUUGUCCGAAUAUUGUGUAUAUGCUUGCCGAUGAUCUGGGGUAUGGAGAUGUAAGAUAUAAUGGAGGGAAUGUGUACACCCCAAAUCUUGAUGCCAUGGCUAAUGGGCGGCACAGUAUACAAUUCAAGAGAUUUUACUCUGGUGGUCCAACUUGUUCUCCGACUAGGGGCACUCUAUUGACU